AAAAAACGGCUAUUUGUGCACUGCCGGGAGUGCUAAUGGCCCGAAUAGAAUGAAACACAGAGGAUAAUUCAUAGUCGUUUCUCAAUACCAUACUCAACAAGCCAACAAUGUCUUCUGCAAAUCUGGAUAUGAGUUUUGCUGGGAAUUUUUGCAGGAAAUGGAGUUGCAGGCCUUUUAGAAGACCAAAAUCUUGCAUUUCUCAAGUAGGGUUUCGAAAAAAUCAAUCCUUUUUAGUAUUACUGGAAAGGAAUGGCAUAAUGCUCGGGAAAAUCAAGAACUGUACAAGCUCUGUAGGAUAUAAUGGAGUUCCUUCAACAGAAAUUUCUUGUGCUCCAAAUGCUGCAGCCAGUCAAAAUGAGCUGCCUCCACUUGUUAGUGCUUUAAAAGCUUCAGCUGAAGAAAAUGCUGCAAGUUUUCAUUUUCCUGGCCAUAACAGAGGGAAAGCAGCACCAUCAUCGUUGACUCAGCUCAUUGGUUCAAAACCGUUUUUACAUGAUUUGCCUGAGCUUCCAGAGCUUGACAAUCUCUUUUCUCCAGAAGGUCCCAUUUUAGAAGCACAAAAACAAGCGGCAAGGCUUUUUGGAGCAUCAGAAACAUGGUUCCUUGUUGGUGGUAGUACAUGUGGAAUUCAGGCCGCCAUUAUGGCAACUUGUUCACCUGGAGAUACUCUUAUUCUACCACGGAAUUCUCAUAUCUCAGCCAUAUCUUCCAUGGUAUUGUCUGGUACACUCCCAAAGUACAUCGUCCCUGAAUAUGAUUUCAACUGGGAUGUCGCUGGUGGCAUCACUCCAUCACAGGUGCACAAGGCAAUCAAAGAGCUAGAAAUGGAGGGCCGAAAAGCAGCUGCUGUUUUGGUUGUUUCCCCUACCUAUCACGGUAUAUGCAGCAACUUGGAUGAGAUCUGUGAGAUCUGUCAUUCUCACAGUAUACCUGUAAUUGUCGAUGAGGCUCAUGGCGCUCACUUAGGAUUUCAUUUGAAGCUGCCUAGCUCAUCCCUGAGUCAGGGAGCUGAUCUUUCCGUACAGUCUACUCACAAAGUUUUGUGUGCGCUUACACAAUCAUCAAUGUUGCACAUGCAAGGAAAUCUUGUGGAUAGAGAAAGAAUCAGCAGAAGCCUGCAAAUGCUUCAAAGUAGCAGCCCAAAUUAUCUGCUUUUAGCAUCUCUGGAUGCUGCCAGGGCCCAAAUAAGUGAAAAUAGAGAGGCUAUUUUUUAUCAAACAAUAGACUUGGCUCUGGAAGCGAAGAGCUUGAUUAGUAAAAUUCCUGGAAUCUCAGUCCUUGAGUUUCCAGGAUUUUCUAGUUUUUUUCAUAUCGACCCAUUGAGAUUCACCAUUGGUGUAUGGCAGUUAGGUCUUUCAGGUUUUGAAGCUGAUGAUAUAUUGUGCAAAGAUUUUGGUGUUGUUUGUGAACUUGUAGGGACCAAAUCCUUUACUUUGGCGUUUAACUUGGGGACUCAAAGGGAUCAUGUUCUUAGGCUUGUAGCCGGUGUAAAGCAUCUAUCAAAAACUUCUCACCUUCAUCAACCUCUGAAAGAUGAAGUCAAAAAUGUAAAUCAUUUUGCAUGCUUUGAUGAUGUUAGAAUGAGCAUGAGCCCUAGAGAGGCCUUCUUUGCUGAAAAACGUAAAGUCAGCAUAAGAGAUAGCCUCGGUGAAAUUUGUGGAGAGCUUGUAUGUCCUUAUCCACCUGGUAUUCCAGUGCUAAUUCCUGGUGAGAUCAUCACAGAAAAAGCGUUGAGUUAUCUCCUGGAGAUCAGGAGCAAGGGUGCUGUUAUUACUGGAGCAGCUGAUUGCUCUCUAUCAUCUUUUCUUGUAUGUGUUACCUAAGCAAUCCUUCAGGUACCUUCAGCAAGAAGCCUGGCAUAAAUAACAAAAGGCAAAUGCGAGUGACUUUCGUGUUUGAUCAGCCUGCAUUCGGCAUUUGAGAUCUUAGCCUUUCCUCUACUGCAGCGUCUUUCCUGUACUGCAACCAGCACUUUUGGGUAUAGUUUGGAGGUCAAAGCAACUUCUUUAUUGGUAACUCAAAGGCAGCUCAAUAAAACUUGUUUUUCGGACAGUCCUACUUGGAGUUUGCCUUUCAUAAAGACAACUAUAGUCUCUUAUGUUUGACAGGAGUUGUCCCUGAUGCUCGUCGCAACAAUGAUUGGUGGGUUCCCACAUUCUUCGUUUCCUCAUUCUAUGUUUUACUAUGGUCAAAGGAAUGUGGAUAUAUUUAUAUAUCAGCAGCAAGAGCUAGGACUAUAUUGGGGAGGGGCAACACGAUGCUCCCCAUCAAACCGGACAAAUGCCAUACAGGAGAAAUACUGACAAGUUAUUUCUCAUGAGAUAGCAUUUCCAUUGACGCCCUAGCUCAUCUAAAACCAAACAUACUCUUUGGUGCAUUCUCUUCUUGUUUUUGUUUUUUUUUUCCCGUCUUGUGGGGUGUUUUAGCUUUUUGGCUUAUAUGUGUUAGUUAAUUAAUCUUGUUAGGAGUGAAUAACGGAUUGUUUUGAAGAAGUGGAGGUGGAACAAUGAGAAUAUGUAACAAAGCAUAUCUCUUUUCUUAUCUGCUCUUGUACGCUGGACAAUUGUAACAGUAUGAUAAAUUUGAGACUCUUGUUAUGGCAAAAAUGGUUGUAUUUUGAGGGCUAAA